UCAGGGUUCAUAAACACAGGAGCCCCAAGGUAUAUUGUAAGGUGGUUUCCCCUUUGCACCGAGCACGUGACAGAUUACUGGAGUUCCCCGCUCGCUAUUCCUUCUUUACUUAUUUUUGGCUUGGGUUUGUAGCAUAAUGUCUCGAUAUAUCGCGGGUGUUGAGCUCGGAGGCACAAGUUGUGUAGCAGCCAUCGCUGAGAUUUCUAAUCCGACCACAAUUGUCCAUCAUUUUGAAGUAUCGACCACGGAAUACACAUCGACGCUGGGCGCCCUCACAGAAUACCUUAGCGCACAACUGAAAGAAUUCAACAUAGAAUCGUAUGCAGCCCUUGGAAUAGCGUCCUUCGGUCCUGUUGACCUUAAACCCGACUCAAAAACUUAUGGCUAUAUUACAAGUACUCCAAAACCUGGAUGGAAGUACGUGGAGAUAGUGGGAGUAUUCAAGCGAACGCUUAAAGAGGGGACCCCUAUUGCGUUUGACACGGAUGUGAAUGCGCCAGCACUGGCUGAAAUGGCAGCAGCUCUUAAUACAAAAACCAUCCCUAUCCCUCUCCCCACAGUGAUCUACAUUACUGUGGGCACCGGUGUAGGGGUUGGGGUUACUGUGGAGGGCUCCCCCGUUCAUGGUUUGUUGCACCCAGAGGGGGGUCACAUCAUUGUGCCACGGAUGCAAGGGGAUGAGUACCCUGGCUGCUGUGCAUAUGGCCAUGAAUGCUGUGUGGAAGGGAUGGUUGACAGCCAAGCAAUUGCUGAGCGGGUCAAUGUCCACAGACAUGAGCUACACACAAUAGAUGACAACAACCCCGUGUGGAAAGUGGUUGGUUAUUAUCUUGGGGCACUGUGCCUAAACAUCACUUAUCUCCUCUCACCGAAUCUCAUCAUUUUAGGCGGAGGUAUUAUGAAGCGCAGAAUUCUUUACACAGAAACAAGACACUGGUUCAAAGAACUGUUGAAGGAAUAUCUUGACUCGCCCCAGUUCAAGACAGACCAGGGGCUAGCCAGUUACAUAAAAGAACCUUUUCAUGGCUCAAAAGCUGGGAUAGUGGGGGCCCUAGAGCUUGCUAGACACAAGUGCUAAACACAGUGCAAGCACAUGGCCAGGGGGUUCAGGGUUUGGGAGAACCACCCCACCUGACUGGAAGGUCAAGAAAAAAAAACCUGGAUACAGGCCUGAAGAACCUUUCUCUUAAUCAUAGCUCUUCUACUAUAAAUCAAUAACAUGGUUGAUUAGGGUUUUAAGUUUUACCAUUACCCAAAAAGACAGAGAUCAAAUAUUCAAAUGUGAAGUAAAUUAUAAACAUUUAUUCAAUAAUAUCUUUUGGAAUCUAAAACAGUCUGCACAUUUUUUUUUCUUGCAUUGUAUACCAUAAUCACUGUGCCCAAUAUAGCAAUAUGGCACAGUUUGUUAAUAAUUUUUAUCAUGAAUAUCAUCCAAGAUUAUACACAACUAGGUUAGUUGAUUAAUACAGGAAUUACCAAGACAGAAUUUGAAUCUCAAACCUAUUCAUUUUCUUUUUUCUUUUUUUUUUACCAAACUAUAAUCUUUUCUUGGUGAAGAGGACUGGGUACUCACAUAUCACAGUUGGUAUGAAAAGUAAAGUUCUCAGUAACAAUGGUGUGUCACAUCCAUAUGGUACUCCAUAUCACAGUUGGUAUGAAAAGUUAAGUUUUCAAUAACAA